CACAUUAGAAAAUGAAACAUAACAGACUUAAGAGAACUGAAUUAGGUAAACUUGACAGAACUGAAACCAAAAUCCCCCCCCCCCGGGAAUCUUGUACUUUUUGAAGAAGUGGUUUUAUGAGUGUGUUUAUGUCUUAAGCUUCAAAUGAUGCAGUAUUUAAUACAGUGUAUGGUGAGACUCUGAAUAUAUACUGAGCAGUGGAUGCUAUACUGGAGAGACAAAAUGAUUGCUGCAUCUCUUUUCAUCUGCAUCUUUUGGACUGAUGUGAUGGGUGCAGCACAGGUGAUUCACAAGUCUGUUCAGAUAAUCACAGCUGGAAGAAAUGUGACUUUGCACUGUCAGCUGGCUGGAAUACAUGAUGUUGUUCAGAUCACUUGGCAGAAGGAGCAUGAAAAAACCAAGACUAAUGUAGCAACAUACAGUAAGGCCCAUGGGUCUCAAGUGCUGGGUGAAUAUAAAAAUAAUGUGCACCUUUUCCAAAGCGGGCUGCAAGUUUCUGCCAUCACCUUCCAUGCUGCUACAUUUCAGGAUGAAGGCUGCUACAACUGCAUCUUCAACACAUUUCCUUUAGGAUCCAUCACAGGCAAAACAUGUCUUAGAGUUUAUGCUCUAACAGAUGUGAAAGUGAACGUGAGGCACAUAAUUGAUCCACACAAUACAGGAAGCAAAGCGCUAGAAAUCAACUGCUCAGCUACUGGGAAACCAGAUCCGGUUGUCACCUGGAAGGAUGCCAAACAUGUUUCAGCCAAGCCAAAGGAAUAUGUCAUCCAGCACCCAAAUGAGACGGUGACUGUUGUCAGCAGUUUCACUCAUGUAUCAUCCAAGGAUGUCUAUGAAUCUCCAAUAAUCUGCGUUAUUCAACACCCAUCUUUAACUACUGCACAAGAAUUGAUUUUGCCUGAGCUUGGAGCAGAGGAAAAUCCAAACAUAGAUCAAGAGACUAUAGUCAAAGCCAGUAUCUGUGUAUUGGUGUCUGCAUUUCUUCUGGUGUUACUGGUUUACAGCUGGAAGAGAUUGAGUUCAAUGCAUAAAAAACAAGGCCUUCCAUGUUGGGUUCAUCUUUCAAGAAGCAACAGUUCUGGAUUUGCUUCUUCCUGCAAGUCCUGGAAGUGUAAUUCAUGGAAGACAGUCUUGCAUUCAACAGAAAUUCCCAGUGAUAUCUCUUCUCAAAGGAAACCUUCCAGACACAUGAAAGAUCUUUUAGACCAUUUUUAAAAUGUGCACUCUUAAUAUUGGCAUAGAAGCAAUGGAUUUAUUCCCUGUUUUCUUUAUAAAGUACACUGCUAUUCAGCAGUUCAGGUAAAUUGUACAGGAACAUUCAGUCAUUGUUAUUUAUUUGAAAAGUGUCUUUAUAUGUCAGAAUAGUUUGUAUUUAUUUGUUGUACCUUUUUAUUUUUAUAGAAAUUGACAGAAACAAAAUUUCCCCUCUUAUUUUACUUUAUAUGUUUUUAAAACUGUUGUUAAUUAUGCCUGGGAUUUUUCAACACCCAGGCAACUUAGGAAAGUACUUUGCUUGUGAUGGAGCAAUUCCACACCCCUCUCCCCACCAGCCGCUUGAACGGUGCUACUCUGGAGAAUAUCAGGUUUUAGAGGACUUUACAAACUAUGGGGUGAGAAUUGGAUAUUCUGUAUCUUUAUGCACCAUAGCUGACAGCCAAUGUGGUGUAAUGGACAAAGUGUGAGACUAAGCCUCAGAAGACCUAGAUUUGAAUCCCUAUUCAGCCUUGCACACCCAUUUGGGAAAGAUGGGGUGGUGGUGGCACUGGUAGACAGCUCCUUGAACAUUUCACAUGCCUCAGAGGAACUUGGAAAUGGCCACAUUGAAACAAUAACAAUAUACAAGAGAAAAAUUUCCAUAAAACUAAAAACCGGGCCUUCUCAGCAGUGGACCGUGGUCUCUGGAACAACUUACCAUUAGGGAUCCACCCCCUUGCUGAGAGCCUUCAAGAGCAAACUAAAGACCUGGCUCUACAAACAGGCCUUCCCAAUAGCCAUUACUUAGCUUUACCUCUUCUUUUUCCUUUUUUCCCAUCUUGGACUCUUGUAGUAAAAUUGGACCUCAU